AUGACUCCCCCUCCGCCUAAUGUUCCUUCUGCGACUAAGAAGCAGAAGCGCGAGGAAUACCGCCGCAAGCUCGGCGAGCAGACCACCAUUGAUGGCGAAGUCAAGAUGCCGCAGAAGAAAUUCUUCCGGCAGCGCGCGCAUGCCAAUGUCUUUUCGGACCACAAGCUUGAAUAUCCCCGAUCUCCCAAUCACAUGGACUGGUCCUCCCACUACCCGGCCUUCAUAGACCAAGACCCCUCACACACAAACCUCGACGGUAAUCGCAAGCUCCUCAAGGAUGUCGAGGUCGUCGACAUUGGCUGCGGUUUCGGCGGUCUCCUCGUCGGCCUGGCCCCCCUCCUCCCAGAAACAUUAAUACUGGGCAUGGAAAUCCGAACCUCCGUGUCGGACUAUGUUCGUUCUCGCGUCGGAGCUCUGCGUCUCCGCCAACAGCAAUUGAAGUCGAGGAUGGAGAUCGAGCCUUCGACCACACAAGAAAAGCAAUCAGAAGAAGAGCAAACAACAGAGACUCUCCCCGAUGCCGAUGCCGAUGCCGACGCUCCUGAAGAUGAAGUCGGUACCACAAACGCUCUCGUUCCCGGUAACUACGAGAACAUUUCCGGGCUUCGCGCAAACACUAUGAAAUUCCUGCCCAACUUCUUCAACCGCGCUCAGCUUUCCAAGAUCUUCAUCUGUUUCCCUGAUCCGCAUUUCAAGGCGCGGAAGCACAAGGCUCGCAUCGUUUCGGAGAGUCUGAAUGCCGAGUAUGCGUAUUUGUUGCGGCCUGGUGGUAAGCUGUACUCGAUCACUGAUGUCGAGGAGUAUCACCAUUGGAUUCUGCGGCAUUUCAUCGUACAGGAGGGUGAGGAUGUUUCGGCUGGAUCAUCCAAGUUCUUGUGGGAGCGUGUCGAGGGCGAGGAGCUUGAGCAGGAUCCGUGUGUGACUGUCAUGUCUUGUGAGACUGAGGAGUCGAAGAAGGUCUCGAGGAAUAAGGGAAAUAAGCAUGUGGCUGUUUUCAGGAGGAAGGAGAACCCCGAGUGGCCUGCUUGA